UUGCAUGGAGCCGAGGCGUGGAUCCGAGGCCUGGGAAGUGUGGCAGCGGGAGGGGCUGCGCGGCUGGAAGCGGGGAUUGAAUGGCCCAGAACCGCCUCGCAGGGAAUGAGGAUGUGUGGGAGGGGGAGGAGGGCAAAUUCCGUCUAGGGAGCUGCAUAGAAGCAUCUGGGGCAGCAGUGUGGAGAGUGGCUCUCCUGCCCUAAGGCAGGGCGCGAGUUUGGGGACUUGUGGUCCUGGGUUCUAGUUCGUCACCAGCCUCCAGCUGUGUGGCCUCAAUAGAGUUACCAGCCUCUGACCCUUGAGUUCCACACCUGAAAAGCAGGACAGUUAUCACCCUUUCCUGUCGCACAGCGCUUGGCAGGGUUAGGUGUGAGGGAAAGCUUCAUAAAUUGCGAUGUGUGGUGCAGAUCUCAUUUGUUUACGUGUAGCUUUCUGAGCUCAUGUGAAGGAAUCAUACCACCAGGCUUCCCCAGGGGGAAGUGGCUUUCCUGGGGUUGGAUUCCCAGCGAUAUUUGUAAGAAGAUGGAAUAUUGGGCAGUCAUAGGCAGUUGGAGAUGCUGACCUAAGAGGUUACCAAGUACAUUUUCCUCCAGGUUGCAUAAAUCCCUUCUCUAUUAACUGCAUGCAUUGUAAACAUCCAGCUUCCCUUUGAACAUCUGCAGUUAUGGGGAUCUUAAUAUCUCUGUCCUAUCCCUGUAGUUUCCCAUUGCAGACAGUUCGAAUUAAGAAGUCCUUGUAUGCAGUGAGCCAGAGGUGGUCCUGCUUGCAGCUUCUGCUCAUAUAGUUCUCACUUUGUUUCUGAACUUUCAGAGAAUUAAAAGUAAUAAAAUAAAAAUAAAAUACAGUUUAAAUAUUGAUGUGAUGGAUGUCAGUAGCCACCUCUUUAAGAAUUUAAGCUUUUGAUUUUUGACAUUCAUGAUAAAUACAAAAACACCUCCAUGGAAGAUCAAAAUGUUCAAUUUAGUCACUGUAUGCUGUGUUACUACACUCAUCAUUAAACCUACAAGGCACCAACAUGGUGUGUUGAAAUAGCACUGAUGUCAGAAUUAAUGCACUUCUUGUUAUUUCAGGAUACUAAAGUGGAUCACCUGAUAUCCUGAAACAAAUGAAUCUCUUCCAGUGCCAGGGAGUGGCUUGUUAAUUCAGUGAGAGACACACAGAACUUUAGCAAAUAAUAUCUGAUUGUAGCAGGUGCCAGAGAAAGCGGUGAUGCCAUAAAAGCAGUCUUAAACUUGUCAAUAGGUUUUAAUUCCAGAAGUCCAUUUAUAAAAAUCAAUAUAUAUUUAGAUUUUUAAGUAUAUUUUUCUAUAGGAAAAAUGAAAUAAAUGAGGUUGAGGUCUUGGUUAUUGUCCUCAUCACAAAAAUUAAUCUUUGCCCCUGCCAAUGAUGGGAUUUGUUUUGUCCUUAAUGUCUUGGCACUUAGGAUUCCUUUGAUCUUUCAUCUAUGGUAGAAGGAAGUUGAAAGUGAGAAUGUAGAAUGGGGAGGGAGAUUCCAUUGGGGAGGAUGGAGGUGUGGAUGUGACGGGGGUGUUUAUUACUUGGUUAUGGUUAAUAGAGUACUCCCAACACCAAUUUUAUUCCUGAUUAUUGUUUUUUCAAAUCCUAUGAUUUUUUUUCUAAAAUAACAUGUGAAAUCCAGACAAAACAAAAUGCAAAUGUUUUAAAUUUUUAACUUUGAAAUAAUUUUAGAUUUACAGAAAAGUUGCAAAAACAGAAAAGUACAGAGUUUCCAUAUAGCCUCCCUCUUGAGACAGCCUGAGCUAAUGUAUAAAGUUCCUUUCCAAAUGCUUACUAAAAUUAUUUAAAUAAUAAUGAAAUUAUUAAAUAAUUAAAUAAAAUUUAAAAUAAAUUAGUUGAGAUCAAAAUCAAGGUGGGGUAUCCCUGAUUAUUAAAGAAAUACAUGUUCAUAUUGAAAAUAUGAAAAUACAGAAAAGAAUAAAGAAGCAAAAAACCAAUCAUCCUUAAUCGUAACAUCCAUCAAAACCAUUUGUCCUAUUUAUUGAAUUACUAAAUAUUUCCUUUUUCUUUUAAUAGUUGGGGUUAUAGUGUAGGUUUAAUAUUGUAUUUUUUUAAAAAAUUAUGAGCCAUAAGCAUUUAUCAUUUAUGAAUAAUAAUAAAUUUCAUUUAAAAACUUGAUUAUGAGAAAAUUCACACAAACCCAAAGGUAGAAGGAUAGUACAGUGAAUCGCCAUGUAUUCAGCACUCAGCUAUAAUAAGCAGCAGUUGUGGCUCAUGUUUCAUCUACACCUGUACCCACUUCUCAUAAUUCUAUGGUUCUGUCCUAUGACACAUCUUUAAUACAUUUUUGGUUUUUUUUAAAUUGUAAAGAGAUGCUUAUUUGUGGUGGUGCCAAAUUUGUGCAUAAUUAUUCGUAUUCUUUCUUGGAGAUGGGAAAAGAGUUCCAUGAAGAUUUCAAAGUAUUUUUCAUUCAGCUACAAUUAUUGAAUAAAUUGCAAAAAAUAAGAUGAUUUUGCAUUCUGAGUUUUUUUUUUUACUUUGUAUGUUUACUUCCCGCUCUUUACUUUUCAGAUUUAAUUGUAUGCAUUUGGUGACAAACAUCUUUAAUCAAUUCACAAUCUAAUGAUUUUUUUUUUACAGAAUACUGAAUAAUACAAUACAGUAAGAAAAAAAUGGAUGAAGAGCCUGAAAGAACUAAGCGAUGGGAAGGAGGCUAUGAAAGAACAUGGGAGAUUCUUAAAGAAGAUGAAUCAGGAUCACUUAAAGCUACAAUAGAAGACAUUCUCUUCAAAGCAAAGAGAAAAAGGGUAUUUGAGCACCAUGGACAAGUUCGACUUGGAAUGAUGCGCCAUCUUUAUGUGGUAGUAGAUGGAUCAAGAACAAUGGAAGACCAGGAUUUAAAGCCAAAUAGACUGACAUGUACUUUAAAGUUGUUGGAAUACUUCGUAGAGGAAUAUUUUGAUCAAAAUCCUAUUAGUCAGAUUGGAAUAAUUGUAACAAAGAGUAAAAGAGCUGAAAAACUGACUGAACUCUCAGGAAACUCAAGGAAACACAUAAUAUCUUUGAAGAAAGCUGUAGAUAUGACUUGCCAUGGAGAGCCAUCUCUUUAUAACUCCUUAAGCAUGGCUAUGCAGACUCUAAAACACAUGCCCGGACAUACAAGUAGAGAAGUCCUAAUCAUCUUUAGCAGUCUCACAACCUGUGAUCCAUCUAAUAUCUAUGAUCUAAUCAAGACCCUAAAGGCAGCUAAAAUUAGAGUGUCUGUUAUUGGAUUGUCUGCAGAGGUUCGGGUUUGCACUGUGCUUGCUCGUGAAACUGGUGGCACAUACCAUGUUAUUUUAGAUGAAAGCCAUUACAAAGAAUUGCUGACACAUCAUGUUAGUCCUCCUCCUGCUAGCUCAAGCUCUGAAUGCUCACUUAUUCGUAUGGGAUUUCCUCAGCAUACCAUUGCUUCUCUGUCUGAUCAGGAUGCAAAACCCUCUUUCAGUAUGGCGCAUCUGGAUAGCAACACUGAGCCAGGACUUACAUUAGGAGGCUAUUUCUGCCCACAGUGUCGGGCAAAAUACUGUGAGCUUCCUGUUGAAUGUAAAAUCUGUGGUCUUACUUUGGUGUCUGCUCCCCACUUGGCACGGUCUUACCAUCACUUAUUUCCUUUGGAUGCUUUUCAAGAUAUUCCCCUGGAAGAACAUAAUGGAGAAAGAUUUUGUUAUGCCUGUCAGGGGGAAUUGAAAGACCAACAUAAAAUGGCCGCCCAGGAGAAAGCCCCUGACGAGAGGAUUUCCCAGUUUGAUUAUGCUUUGCUCCCGGAGCUGUCUGGUCUUCUAGGCAUAGAUAUGCUUCAAUAUGUAAAGGAAAUAGAAAAAGAGGAGCAGAAAGAACGAGAAAAAAUGCAAAAAGGCUUUAAUUCUCAAAUGCGUAGUGAAGCAAAAAGGUUAAAGACUUUUGUGACCUAUGACGACUACAGUGCAUGGACACCCCAGGAGAUGGCAGCGGCUGGGUUUUAUUUCACUGACAUAAAAUCUGGGGUUCAGUGCUUCUGCUGUAGCUUAAUCCUCUUUGGUACCAGCCUCCAGAGACCCCCCAUGGAAGACCAUAAGAAGUUCCAUCCAGAUUGUGAGUUCCUUUUGGGCAAAGAUGUUGGUAACAUUGCCAAAUAUGAUAUAAGAGUAAAGAAUCCAGAGAACAAGUUGAGGAGGGACGACAAAGCAAGAUACCAAGAAGAGAAGGCCAGACUCAAGUCCUACCAGAAAUGGCCAUUUUAUGCCCAAGGGACAGCCCCAAGGGAGCUCUCAGCUGCUGGCUUUGUCUUUACAGGUAAACGUGACACUGUACAGUGCUUUUCCUGUGGUGGCUGUUUAGGAAAUUGGGAAGAUGGUGAUGACCCCUGGAAGGAACAUGCCAAGUGGUUCCCCAAAUGUGAAUUUCUUCAAAGUAAGAAAUCCUCAGAGGAAAUUACCCGGUACAUUCAAAGCUACAAGGGAUUUGUUGGCGUCACGGGAGAACAUUUUGUGAAUUCCUGGGUCAAGAGAGAUUUACCUAUGGCUUCAGUGUGUUGCAAUGGCAGCAUCUUUGCUAAUGAAGAACUCCGACUGGACUCUUUCAAGAACUGGCCCCAGGCAUCCCCUGUGGGAGCUGCAGCUCUGGCCAAAGCAGGUUUUUUCUACAUGGGUAAAAGCGACUUCGUCCAGUGUUUUUCCUGUGGAGGAUAUUUGUAUAAGUUUGAGGAAGGUGAUGACCCAUUAGAAGGACACACCAAAUAUUUUCCCAAUUGUCAGUUUCUCCACAAUAUGAAGUGCUCUGCAGAAGUGAUUCCAGACCUUCAGAGCCAUGGUGAACUUUCUGACUUAACGGAAACUACAAGUGAAAGCAAUCUUGAAGAGUCAGCAGUGAGUUCUGCAGUGCCAGAGGUGGCCCAUGGUGAAGCCCAGUGGCUUCAGGAGGCAAAAAGUCUGAGUGAGCGCCUGAGAAAAGCCUACACCAGUGCCCCUUUCUGCCACAUGUCUUUGCUUGAGGUCUCUUCCUGUCUAGCCACCGAUCAGCUGCUGAAUUGUGAUCUGUCCCUUGCUUCAAAACACAUCACCAAUACUGUGCAGGAGCCUGUGGUGUUGCCUGAGGUCUUUGCUAACUUGAACUCCGUCAUGUGUGUGGAGGGUGAAGCUGGUAGUGGAAAGACUGUCCUCCUGAAGACAGUAGCUCUUCUAUGGGCAUCAGGAUGCUGUCCCUUGUUACACAGGUUCCAGUUGGUUUUCUACGUCUCUCUUGGCUCUACCAGACUGGACCAGGGGCUGGCCAAUGUCAUUUGUGACCAACUCCUAGAGACAGAAGGAUCUGUUACUGAAAUGGGCCUGUGGAACAUCAUCCAGCAGUUAAAGAACCAGGUGUUAUUCCUUUUGGAUGACUACAAAGAGAUGUGCUCAAUCCCUCAAAGCAUAGAGAGGAUGAUUCAAAGAAACCAUUUGUCAAGGACCUGCUUAUUGAUUGCUGUCCAUACAAACAGGGCUAAGGACAUCCGCCGACACCUAGAUACAAUUCUAGAGAUCAAAGCGUUUCCCUUCUGUAAUACCCUCUAUAUAUUACGGAAGCUCUUUCCAGAUGAUUUGACCCGUCUGCGAAAGUUUAUGGUUGACUUUAGAAUUAAUGAAACAUGGCUGGGAAUUCAGAAAACUCCCUUCUUCGUAGCAGCAGUCUGUGCUAAUUGGCUUCGGUAUCCUUUUUGUCAGUCCUUUGAUGAUGUGGCUGUUUUCAAGUCCUAUAUAGAAUGCCUUUUCUUAAGGCACAAAACUGCAGCUGACCUUCUCAAAGCAACUGUGUCCUCCUGUGGUGAGCUGGCCUUGAAAGGUUUUUUUUCAUCUUGCUUUGAGUUUAGUGAUGAUGAUCUCCUAGAAGUAGGGAUUGGUGAAGAUGAAGAUCUAGCCAUGUACCUGAUGAGCAAAUUCACAGCCCAGAGACUGAGGCCAGUCUAUCAGUUUUUGAAUGCUUCAUUCCAAGAAUUUCUUGCUGGGAUGAGGCUGACUGAACUCCUGGAUUCAGAUAGGCAAGAGGAUCAAGAUUCGGGACUUCAUUAUUUGAAACAAAUUAACUCAGCCAUGAUGGCUAUAGGUCCCUAUGCAAAUUUUUUGAACUAUGUCUCUUGCCACUCUUCAACAAAGGCAGGGCCAACAAUUGUAUCCCAAUUGCUUCUUUUGGUGGAUAAUCAAGAGACACUGGAGAAUAUAUCUGAAAAUGAUGACUACCUGAAGCAUCAUCCAGAGAUUUCAGAGCAAAUGCAGUGUCUCCGGUUGUUGUGGCAAUACUCUCCAGAAAAUUACCUUUCACUGGUUUCAAAACAUUUACUGGCUCUGGCUGUAAAAACUGCUUAUCGAAGCAACAGUGUUGCUGCCUGUUCUCCAUUCAUUUUGCAGUUCCUUCAAGGGAGAACCCUGUCUUUGAGUGUACUUAAGUUACAGUAUUUUUUUGACCACCCAGAAAGCCUGUUAUUGUUGGGGAGAGUCCAGGUCUCCAUAAGAGGAAAUAGCUUACGCAAAACAGAUUUUUCAUUACUGGAAAAAAUUUUCGACAAAUCCCAGGCACCAACCAUAGAUCAGGACUAUGCUUCUGCCUUUGAACUUGAGAGUGAAUGGAAGCAGAAUUUAGUUGAAAAAGAGGAAAACGUGAACAGUUUUCUGAACAUGCAACUCAAGGCACCAGCAGAUAUCAGCACUGGCUAUUGGAACCUUUCUCCAAAGCAGUACAAGAUUCCCCUUCUGGAAGUUCAUGUGACUGGUACUGAUGCUGUGGAUCAGGAGAUGCUAAGGUUUCUAACGAAAGUUUUCUCAGCUUCACAGCACAUUGAACUCCACUUGACCAGGAGCACGGGUUUUAUUGAAAGCAUCAGCCCAGCUCUUGAGCAGUAUAAGGCCUCGUUCACCAAGUGCUCCGUAAGCCAAUCUGAGCUGAGUGCAGUAGAACAGGAAUUGCUUCUCACUCUGCCUUCCCUAGAAUCUCUUGAAGUCUCAAAGACAACCCAUCUACAAGAUCAACUCUUUCUUAGUUUGGACAAGUUCUUGUGCUUGAAAGAACUGUCUGUGAAUCUGGAUGAUAAACGAGAUGUUUUUUCAGUCAUUCCUGAAGAAUUCCUAAAUCUCCACCAUAUGGAGAAAUUAUUGAUCCAAAUUUUAGCUGAAUACGGUCCUUCCAAACUAGUCAAAUUAAUUCAGAAUUCUCCAAACCUUCGUGUUUUCCAUCUGCAAUGUAAUUUCUUUUCGGAUCUUGAGUCUCUCAUGACUGUACUUGCUUCCUGCAAGAAACUUGAAGAAAUUAAGCUUACUGGACCAUUUUUUAAAGCCGCCCCAUUUGUCAUUGUUUUACCAAAUUUUAUUUCCCUGAAGAUAUUAAAUCUUGAGCACCAAUAUAUUCCUGAUAAGGAAACAGCUGAAAAAUUUGCCUACACUUUAGGUUCUCUAAAUAACCUGGAAGAAUUGAUCCUUCCUACUGGGGAUGGGAUUCAUCAAGUGGCCAAACUGAUCAUCCAGCAAUGUCAGCAUCUUCAAUGUCUCCGCAUUCUCUCAUUUUUCCAGACUUUGGAUGAUGACAGCGUGGUGGAAAUUGCCAAGGUAGCAAUCAAUGGAGGUUUCCAGAAACUCAAGAAUCUUAAUCUUUCAAUCAACCACAAGAUUACAGAGGAAGGAUACAGAAACUUCUUUCAAACACUGGACAACAUGCCCAACUUGCAAGAGUUAACAAUUUCCAGGCAUUUCAAAGAAUGUAUCAAAGCUCAGGCCAUAACAGUCAAGUCUUUGAGUCAAUGUGUGUUACGACUGCCAAGACUCACUAGACUUAACAUGUUAAGUUGGCUCCUGGAUGCAGAAGACAUCACACUGCUUAAUGCCGUGAUAGAAAGGCAUCCUCUAUCUAAACACUUCACUCUUCACUGGAAAUGGGUACUGCCAUUCUCUCCAAUCAUUCAGAAAUAGAAGAUUUAGCUAAAAACUGCUAAAUCAAGAAAAUUUUUGUCAACAAUUUAAAAAACCUAAUUAUCCAAAAACUUAUUAAAUACUGCAUACAAAAGAAUAAAAUGCAUGGCAUGUAAUAAAAAAACCAAACACCUGCUUACCCAUUACCGAGCUUAAGAAACAGUUUAUGACCAGUAACUUUGAUGUACCUAAUGAUCCUCCCCAACCGAAGAUCAGACCUUUAAUCAAGUUUACGCAUCUAACUCUUCAUUACCCAGGGUCAGCAUCAGGCUUUCAGGCUAACUAUGGUAAACAGUAACAAAGCCACAGAGAAGGGGGUAGGGAGAGGUGUACCAAUCUAUCUUAAAGCCACAAUAUGAAAGGAGUAUUCAAGUUAUUAGAAAAUGGCUAACUUAAGGACUGAAUCACUUUCACACAUAGGUGAAACAAGAGAUAUUCCUUAAUCCUUGUAGGGUCUGUUUUGUACAUUUAAUUAACUUUGGUAUAGUAAGGUUUACUUACACCUUCCCUUUACCAACUGUGUUGGAUAUGAAGAAAUAGGAUUUAGGGAAAAUGCUUGUAUUCUAGAGGCUUUUGAUUCAAUGCUUAUUGUAACAGCAAAAAAGUGUAGAAUAGAAUUUAGCAUUAUUGGAAAUUAGCUAAAUCUGUGUUUUCAAGAAUCUUGAGUAUCAGUGUUUUUCUAGAUAACCACAUGUUUAAGAGUCCAACAUAUGCAUUUAUAAUGGCCUUAAAAUUUUCUUAUGAAUCCACUUUGCUCAGGGAGAACAUAUUUUGUCAGUGACUUCAUAAUGUUCAAGGUAUUACAUUUGAUGUGACUGUCUACAUCUGUGCCUGUGUCCAAAAUUUCAUUCCUACCAGUUAAUCAACGGAGUUUCCUGAAUGGUUAGAAGGCCAAUCCAAACUCAUAAUGCUAGUAUAAGUUGGAAAACAACCAUUCUUUUACCUUAAUUUUCAUUUUUACCAUGAAACACAGGGACGGUAUAUAUGGUAUGAUUCCAUUUGUUUAAAAACUAUACUCUCAUGUUUCUAGAUGCAUUAAGAAUUUCUGGAAGAAUACACAAGGAAAUGUUAACAGUGGUAACUAUUUUAAGUGGGUAGAAAGGGGACAGGAAGGUAUUAUUUUUUACUUUCGUCCUUUUUGUACUGCUUUCUGUUUUACAAGUAGCUGUUUUUAUUUUUAUAUUUAAAAUAAAGCAUAAAACUAGUUUAGCAUUACAACAUUAAUAGUUGCUCUGGAGGGUGAGAUUACUAGAAGGUAAUCUAGGAGAUGGAUUAUCUUCUUGUCUGAUUUUGUAUCUAAUGCUUUUCUAAUCAGAAAGGUUUUACGUUUUGUAUCAGAGUCCAAUCAGGAGAUAGAAACCACACAGUAAUUUGGGGAAAGUUUACUAUAAAGAGUUAUUCACUGUAACAGGAAACUGGAGUAAUGAGGAUUGAUUAUGAAACUGAGAACUCUAAGCAGGUACAGGAAAGAGCUUAUGGCUCUUCAUGCUAGGCUGAGAGACAGCACCCAAAGAAAGUACCCCAGGGCUGAGAUCUAGACUUUGACAGAGAAGGCACAGCCAUGGACAACAGAGAGGUUGGCUUAAUUAAAGAGGUGCAGCCCAAGAAGGUAUAAGCUUGGAGCACUUUGCUUAGAAAGUGUUUUGGGGGUGCCAGGGAAAGCCAUCCACGUGGGGCUGCUGAGUGCUGCUGGCCACUGCUGAAGGCAGGCACUGCACAAGGCUGCAGAAACCAUGUGCUGCAGGUGUCUGCUAGAGAGGCACACUGGACACAAGAAAAGUAGUCCCUUGCCCCUCCUGUGUCUCACCAGCGACCUCUACUGACGAAGCUUUACACUGUACCUGCUGACAAGGGAGGGAUAGUUACAGGGUCCAGAUUCAUUACUGCAGAGUAGGCAGUGAAGGCUGGAUUUGGAUAUGAAGGCAAUAACGUCAUAAGUGGUACAAGUAUUACAUUUCAUAGUUCAAACCUCAAGGAAAAUGAAUCUAGUUAAAUUUAAGAUUGACUGAGAGCAUAUAUGUACAUGCAUGUCAUACAUAGAAAACUUCUUAACUAAGAAACUGUAAAUGAUGAUAGAUUCCAGGGAGGGGAGCAGGAUAGCUAGUGGACAUGGUAGGGAGGUUUACUUUAUCCUGCAUAUAAUCAUCUGAAUUCUGUACCAUAUACAUGUACUAUUAAAAAUACUUAAAAAAAUAACAGAA